UUUGCUCGCAAAAACAAAUCACAUGAGGGACAACGCAUAGCCGAAGUGACAUUGGUCAACACGCUGUGAUGUGGAUUAGUUAUCCAUGACUGUGCACAGAUCAAUUUCAGUGAUAUAAAUUAAUAUUUGAAAGUGAAACUAAAAAAGAAGCUUAAUUUCGUGACGAAUCGAAUAUAAAUUGUAUUGUUGAAAUUUUUGCGCGAAACCAACAAGAAAUUGCAGACACCAUUGAAGAUGACAUCAAAAGAAUCGAUAAACGUGUCUAUGAGUGAUUUCAAUUCCACAACUGUAUUACACAAUGAAAAGAAAGAAGAAGAAUACAACCCUUUCGAGCAUAGAGAUGCCAUUAAUGGAAAUUCGACGAUGGGGUCCCUCAUACAUUUGUUGAAAAGUUCACUGGGGACAGGAAUUCUGGCGAUGCCAAUGGCAUUUAAAAAUGGAGGCUUAGUAUUUGCCAGCAUAGGAACUCUAGUCAUCGGUUUCAUCUGCACACAUUGUGUCCAUAUACUGGUAAAAACAUCACAUGAAGUAUGUGCCAAAGCGCGAGAACCAUCCCUUGGAUUUGCUGAAACUGCGGAAGAGGUAUUUAAACAAAGCCCUUCGCCAACUAUUAGGAAGCUUUCAGGCUUUGCACGGCAGUUCGUUGAUUGGGGUAUAAUAUUGACAUAUUUUUCGGCGGGUUGCGUUUACAUAGUAUUCAUAGCUACAUCAAUUGGUGAGGUAGCAAAUUAUUACAUAGUGGAGAACGGCGGCGAAGAAAUUGAUAUUCGGUCCUACAUAUUAAUGGUCAUUGUACCAUUAUUAAUAAUAGGACAAAUAAAAGAAUUGAAAUACUUAGUACCAUUCUCAGCAAUUGCAAAUUUGUGUUUAAUUGUUUCGUUUAGUAUAACAUUGUACUAUCUGCUCAAAUCAAGAGAGGAUAUAAAGUCACUAGAUUUAAUGGGAGACUUUGCAAAUUUACCACUGUUCUUCAGCACAGUCAUUUUUGCUAUGGAAGGAAUUGGUGUCGUUAUGCCUGUUGAAAACACUAUGAAGAAACCUCAACAUUUUUUGGGUUGCCCUGGCGUAUUAAAUAUUGCCAUGCUUAUAGUUAUUGUUCUGUAUGCCAUUAUAGGAUUUUUUGGAUAUUGGUGUUUUGGAAUAAAAGUAAAAGGUUCAGUUACAGAAAAUCUGCCAGUUGAUGAAGAAUUAGCUCAAACAGUUAAAAUUUUGAUUGGAGUGUCUAUAUUAUUCACAUUUGGUUUACAAUUUUAUGUACCAACAUCGCUGCUUUGGGGAAAAAUUGAAGAUAAGGUUCCUAAAAAUCGUCACAACUUAGUGCAAAUCGCAAUGAGAGUAGUUAUCAUAUUCCUCAUGAUGGGCUUGGCAUUGGCUGUGCCUGAUUUAGAACCUUUCAUCGGUCUUGUCGGAGCUGUGUUCUUCUCCAUUUUAGGCUUGACAGUACCAUCCGUUGUAGAAACCGUUCAUAGGUGGAAUGGAAGGCUAGGACCUAUAUAUUGGAUCUUAUGGAAAAAUCUUAUACUAUUUGCUUUCUCUAUAUUUGCACUUAUUACAGGUGCAAAGAUAAGUAUAGAAAAAAUUAUAGAGCUUUACUAACGUUUUUAUUAAUGAUAAUUUACUUAUUUACCCAGUACUGGUAACAAUUUUUCUAAAACGAUUUAAAUGGUAGUUUUAUAUA